AUGGGCACUAGACGGUCCCACCAGGCCUGCCUCCUCUGCGGCAUUCGUCACGGGAACAUGGACAUCGAGGACUACCUGGAUAGGUUCCUGGAUGCCGCAGAGGAGGAUGUCUUCGGGGAGGUGGCAGUGCUGUUUAACGCCGGUCUCAGGGACCCCCUGUCGCGGGCGGAGAUGCGGUCGUUGAGACCGCUCGACUUCGAUGUCGUGUGGCGGUAUGUCAUGAACCGACCGGAGUCCAGGGUCUCAACGCAACACAGCCAUCCAUCUCCGCUGGCUGCCAUACAAGAGGGUCAGACCCUGCAGAUCGGGGUUAUGGGCAUCGCCACACCGCUCUCCUCACCCCCUGCAACUUCUCCACCAGUCAACCUUGGUGGCAAGCGCGGGAGACUCUACCUUGUCUCGUCAGUCUACCCCUUGGACAACAUCAUGACCAAAGGAGUGCAGGGGUGCUCAUGGAUGGCUGGGUUGGACAUCACAGAACAGAGAAUAGUUUUAGAAGAGAAUGUAGAUGCUAUAUGGAGCUCAAUGUAUUAUGAUUCCCGAUAUGUUAUACGAGAAAAUGGCCAAAUACUGAUCAUUCCCAAUGUGAAGGAUUCAGAUAAUGGAGAAUACUGCUGCACUGCAAACAAUGGGGUUGGAGAACCAGCCAAGAGCUGUGGAGCGUUACAACUGAAGAUGAAGCCUGAAAUUAAAAGGCAUCCGACAAAUGUGACGUUGCUUCUGGAGUCAAAGGCUGUGUUGCCAUGUGUAGCAUUAGGAUAUCCCAAACCAGAAAUCACCUGGAUUAAAGAUGAGGAUUUGAUAAAGGUUAAUAGUCGCAUUUCAGUGUUAGAAUAUGGUGCACUAAAAAUUAAUAACAUCAAAAAAGAAGAUGCUGGGCAGUAUCGCUGUGUAGCCAGGAAUAGUUUUGGGAUUGCUUAUUCCAGACCAGUUACCCUUGAAGUACAAGCUCCUGCCAAAAUACUAAAAGUUCCCAAAGAGAAGAAAGUUCAGAUUGGAUCAGAAGUUGCAUUAGAGUGUAAUGCCACUGGCAACCCAAUCCCAUCAAUCACCUGGCUUGAAAAUGGCAAUACGAUUUCUGGAGCAUCAGUGGAGGAGAUUAUUGUAGGGAAUGUCAUAGUGUCCAUUCUGCGUGUAGUGGUACAUAAACCCGCUCUCUACACUUGUCAAGCUACUAACCAGCACAGUGGAGGAAUCAACACUGUUAAAGCCACAGCAAAAGUAACCGUUUCAGGUAAGACUUAG